AUCAUGCAUUUGGUAUGCAAAUUUAAUUGAAUUGAUGCAAAUAAAGCCAUCAAUGACGUCUUGCUUCAGGUCCACUUUAGUACAAAUUAGUACUACUUAGAUUUUGUACAGUUGCACGGAUUAAGUGCGUUCACUCUUAUCAACUUGAUCAAAAGUAAUUUUAUCCAACUCAUGAAUAUUAGAGCAAUAACUAAACAGACUCAAAUUUCAUUGUUUCAUUUUUUUGGAAUCUGAUAUAUUAUAACACACCAACAAACUGAAUAUUCUCUUUCAAAAUUCCAUGUCAGAAUGAACCUUGUUUCUUUCUAUUUAUUAGCUGCCAUGGAGACAAAGAUCCAAGGGUCUCAAAAGGAGACCAUUAUCAUCAUAGUUGUUACUGUGGCUGGAGCAAUUGUGUUGGUAUUGGUACUGGGUUAUUUGUUGUACUCUAGACAUUUAAGGAAAAAGAAAUCAGAUCAAGAUCAAAAUGCAGAUUUACCAGUAAUAGAGCCUCCAGAUGUUAGACCUCCUUAUGUUUAUCCCGACAAUAAUCCAAUGCGAGAGGAAUAUACACAAGUUGAUAACCCUGAUCAGGUUCCUUUGAUAAUGGACACUUUUUAAUUGUAUAUAUUAAUAGUUGUACUUAAAUUGCAUGUGUAAUCAAGAACAUGUAUAUGUUGACCACAGUAGACCACACCUAGGGUCUUUACCUUGUGAAGCUUAGUAACCCAAAUUUGAACCUAAURUUUCCCAUAAUAGGCGAUUUGCAUUAUGGCGUCAUUUACWACAACUACCAGAAUGCUUUGCCCACUUUCUUUUGUAAUGCAAUUAGUGCCAAUUGUUUUACUAAUCGCUAAGGGGAUUAAAAAUCUGAAUAACAAAGAAAAUGUGCAAGGCUUUCUGGUAGUUGUAGUAAAGUUAYGCCAUCAUGCAAAUGGCCUAUUGCUUGAGAUUCCUGUUUUCAAAAUUUCUGAGUGCUCUCUCGGGAAGGCAGGAGGAGGG